CAGGUAGUCACUCGCGCCACUGCCAGGCAUGCGCGCGCACAGCCUCCGCCCCCGCAAGAGGAGCAGGGGGGGGCCGCGGCCAGGGGCCGCACAGCGCGCGCGCGGGGGGCCCGAAGCCCGAGCUUCGGCAUGGCCGACCUGCCGCAGCCGGCGGAGCCCGGAGACGUCGACACGCAGGAUGUCUGGCGGCUGACGCAGGAGGUGCGGGAGCUGAAGGACUACGCCGAGCGCGCCACGCGAGAGCUCCGGCGCUACCAGCAGGCUCGGCCGGCGCCCCCCGCGAGGCCAGAGGACAGCCUGCCCCUGCCGCCCUGGGCGACGAACAUGCAGAUGAUGUCGCCGCUCCUGUUCGCCUACGAGGAGCGAAUCACGGAGCUGGAGGGCUACGUCGAGCGCUCUGCGAGCCUGGCGGAGCAGGCCCAGCUGCUCGCCAAGGAGAACGACUCGCUGCGGGCCGAGCUCCAGGAGCGCACGGAGCAGCUCCGCAACGCCCAGCUCCUGGCCCCCGCGCCGCAGCUGCUCGAGCAGGACGGUGCCGGCGGCGAGGAGCUGCAGGAGCUCUACAGGCUCAGCCUCGAGCAGAACGAGGCCCUGGCCCAGCAGAACCAGCUGCUCAAGGUGCAGAUGGAGAGGAUGCAGCAGGGCCUCGCGGCGACCCAGCAGCAGGCGCCCACCCGACAGCAAUGGGAACGGGCAUCUCUGCCGGUGUCUUGGCAUCGCUCGCACGUGUGCACUGUUCGACGGGGACCAUCGACAAGC